AUGAGAAAAAUACGUUUUCGUUAUAUAAAAGAAAAUGGACAAGCAACAUCAGUUACUGUACGAUGUAGUCUUAAACGUAAUGCUUCACUUAUAUCUGAAGCACUCAGACACUAUCAACGAUUGGAACGUCAGAAUGACGAAGAAAUAUCAACACGAAAACUAGAUAAACAAAAUCGACGUAACUAUCAACAUGUCAAAGAAUGCAAAUUUCAGCCUAUCGCCAUUGAACAAGCGGUACCACAAAAAAUAAAACCAACACCUAAUCAUCAUUUUGAUCCAAUACAAUUACGUCGUAAACAAUGUUCAUCGACUUUAAUUGAUGAAGAUCUUCCGAUUAUCUCGAAUUCAAAUCUUAAUUGUUUUUCGUCGUCAUCAUCUUCUGGCUUUCGAAGUAAUUCUCAUUCGUUAAGUAAUCAAAUAUUAUCAACGAGUGAUGAUGUUGAAAUACUCAAUGAAAAUUUUAUCAAACGUUCGAAUAUAAUUAAAGAAAUCUAUAAAACGGAAUAUGAUUAUUUAGGACAUUUAAAAAAUUUAGUUGACGGUUAUUUAAAAAAGAUGCGUUUACGUACCGAUUUAUUUUCGGAGAAACAAAUCGAAUUAUUAAUGGGAAAUAUUGAACAGAUCUAUGAAUUUCAACAAUCAUUUUUUCAAAUAUUAAAAUUAUCUAUUGACGAUAUACAUCCACAUGAAAGUCUGAUUGGAAAAUGUUUUCUUCUAUAUAAAGAAGAAUUUAAAAAAUAUUCUGAUUAUUGUAUUAAUCAUCCAUUAUCGUGUUUAGAAUUAAGUAAACUUGAAAAUAAUAUUAUUUAUAGAAAUUUUUUUGAAACAUGUCGAUUGCAAGCAAAUAUGAUUGAAUUAAAAUUAGAAGCUUUUCUUCUUACACCCAUUCAACGUAUUUGUCAAUAUCCUUUGCAAUUAAAUGAACUAUUAAAAUAUACUUCCUAUGAACAUAAAGAUUUCAAUAAUAUUCAACACGCAUUACAUACAAUGCGUGAUGUUGCCAGUUAUAUUAAUGAACGAAAACGACGUAUGGAUUACGUCGAAAUUAUUCAUAAAUGGCAACAUACAGUUGAAUGUUGGCAGGGAAAAGAUAUACUUGUAACAAGUACACAGGGACUUGGCCGUGCCGAUGCUUAUUUAUAUCAAAAUGGAAAAAAAGAACCAGUGAUUUUGUUUCUUUUUGAUCAUGUACUCAUUAUUUGUAGAAAAGAUCGACGAAGUACAUUAAUUUAUAUUGGACGUGCUGAUUUAGAUAAUGCAGAAAUUGAAGAUCUUGCCGACGGAAAAGGCAUUCGUUUAGAUGAUGAAAAUCUUGUUCACGUAUUUUUUUCUUGGCGUUUACAUGAUCGUACACAAAAUAAAACUUUUCUAUUUUCACAUCGUACACCAUUAGACAAAAUACAAAUGAUGGAUGCAUUAGAAUAUGAACGUGCAUGCGUAAAGGAAAAUCUAACGAAAGGUUUAGAAGUUCCACUUUACACAAGAUUAGCGUCGUUGAAAACUCAACAAUAUCUUGCUAAUCAAUCGACGAGAGCAUUCCCUUGUAUAACAAAACAACAUCGUUCUGUUUCUGCUAUACUUCGAGCAAGUAGUUCACCAUGUAGUAAUCAAACCUCAUCGUUGACAACAGCCAUUUACCAUACGCCAUUACGACGACGUAAAGCAUCUCUACCACGAUUUGUACGUUGUUCAUCGGCUGAUUCAUCUGCCGAUGAAACUUUUCGUUCAAUAAAAUCUCGUUUACGAUUUUGGUCUUAA